AUGGAACGUGAGAUGAACGAAGUUCACGAUGAAGUUGAAGUCAAAAUGGAAGAGAUCAAGGCUGUCAAUGCGGCCAUCGAGAAGCUUCAGCAGGAGUUGCGAACCAGGGAGGAGGAGAACAGGGUGGUUAAGAUUUCGCUGGAACAGACAAACCGUCAGCUGCAGGUAACAGAUGCCAAACUCAAAGACGCGCAGCAAAAGUUGGAUCAACAGAUAGCGCUAACUGAAAGUGUGCGCAGCGAAAACCAGCUACUUACGGCUGACGUAAAGGCAAGUUGUCUUGCCUAUCCAACUCAUGACAUACAUGCAAUAAUAGCUGGGCGGAAAAGGCCCCUUAUUUUGGGGAAUUCUGUGCUGCGAGCGAUAGCAGCUGGCUGA